AUGCAAAAGUUAGGCGAGGAACUCGGUGUUCUCCGGAAGGGACUGUCAGUACCUCGCAAAAUUACACAUACUGGCAUCAAUGGCGAGGACGUCGAGCUUUCUCUCGAUCCUGCGAGCUUAUCAGAUGAUGGCGCAUCUUUCUCGGCGCCUAGAUGGAUCAUUCAUUACUCUUCCAUAGAGGAGCUCACCGUCAAACGCGACAUAUGUUCUUUCAAUCCUCAAACUGCAUUCCUACCGAUGCAGAUUACAUCUUGCACCACAGAACUAGAGGACAACCAAGACCUGAACUGGGAGGAUCGGCCUACUAUCUCCACGAAGGGUUUACAUGGAUUAUUUCAGGAUGUGGUACGCCAGUGGAGGAUGAGUCAGCAUCACGAAGAGAUUCAACGAGUCAUUACUGCAGCCGCAGUACCACUCAAAUUAAAUAAGGUGGUUGCCUUUGGAUGCGGACCUCUGACUUUGAACUCCGAAUUAGAUGACCGGCCUAUGAUCCAGCACGCGUUACUUUUAACGCUCCAAUCAUGUUUACCUCAUGGCGGGUGUUAUGUACAGGACCCGUUAUACGAACAAGCGGACAAACAUGUUUUAGAAACGUUUGGGUUUCAUGUUCUGGACGACCCAGAGGUAUUUUUGAUGGCAGAUGAGGCCAGCAUCCUGUUGUCGAUUCGCGCCGACGUUCCGGUGAAACAGAUUGUGGCAAGCAACUUUUAG